CGGCAGUGCGCUGUGUCCCUCGGACACAACGGAUCACCGAUCAACGGAAAGAGCCGAAGAUGUCGGCUCGGUCAUGUGAUCAGCUGUGUCCAUGUCCACAGUUGAUCAUAUAGGGGACAUGUACACUGAUCAUCAGGGCACUGAUGAUCAGUGUGCCCUGAUGAUCUGUGUAGCCCCAGCAGUGCCAGCUGUCAGUGCCACAUAUCAGUGCCUGCCAGUGCACAUCAAUGCCACAUAUCAGUGCCCAUCUCAGCUGCCUUUCAGUGUCACCCAUCAGUGCCAGUCAGUGCCACCUAUCAAUACCAGUCAGUGCCGCCUAUCAGUUCUGCCAGUCAGUGCCGCCUAUCAGUGCCCGUCAGUGUUGCCUAUCAGUGCCGCCUAACAAUGCCAGUCAGUGCCGCCUAUCAGUGCCGCCUAUCAGUG